ACUGUGCGUACACGUAGAAAACAAACAGGGGGAAACGGGCAACGUCGCGACGUUGUGUUGUUUUAAAAUACGAAGAAACACAAACAGGGCAAAACAACCUGAACGCGAUGCAAUAAAACAUAAAGGUCAACAAUAACGCAAGCGUGUCAUCCCGCUGACGACUGCCAAACAGCAUAAAAAGGGCCAGAUCAACAAGGACAAGGAACGCCAAUAUGCUGGGAAGCGGCAAACGAACUGGCUCUCGGCAUGUUGCUGUCGUCUUGCUUAUGUGCCUAUUCUGGUACGUGAUCUCGUCCAGCAACAAUGUAAUUGGUAAAAUGGUGCUCAACGAAUUCCCCUUCCCGAUGACCGUCACCCUGGUGCAGUUAACCAGCAUCACCCUAUACAGUGGGCCAUUUUUCAAUUUGUGGCGCAUACGUAAAUAUCAGGAUAUACCAAGAGACUAUUAUUGGCGCCUGAUCGUACCAUUGGCCAUUGGCAAGUUGCUGGCAUCUGUAACAUCACAUAUAUCAUUGUGGAAGGUUCCAGUGUCAUAUGCUCAUACAGUUAAGGCCACAAUGCCACUAUUUACGGUUAUAUUGACCCGUCUAUUUUUUGGCGAAAGACAGCCAACACUUGUGUACCUGAGUUUGCUGCCCAUUAUAACGGGAGUUGGCAUUGCUACCGUAACGGAAAUCUCAUUCGAUAUGAUGGGCCUGAUCAGUGCCCUUAUCUCCACCAUGGGCUUCUCCAUGCAGAAUAUUUUCUCUAAGAAGGUUCUCAAGGACACAAAUAUCCAUCAUUUACGUUUGCUACAUUUGCUUGGACGUUUAUCACUCAUCAUAUUCUUGCCCAUUUGGCUAUAUAUGGAUAGCUUAGCUGUCUUUCGCCAUACCGCUAUAAAAAAUCUUGACUAUCGUGUGAUUGCCCUGCUGUUCACCGAUGGUGUACUAAAUUGGUUACAAAAUAUAAUUGCCUUCAGUGUCUUAUCGCUGGUGACACCGCUCACCUAUGCGGUAGCCAGUGCAUCGAAACGCAUCUUUGUGAUAGCCGUCUCGUUGCUAAUAUUGGGCAAUCCCGUAACCUGGGUAAAUUGUGUUGGCAUGACGUUAGCAAUUGUCGGAGUGCUGUGCUACAAUCGAGCGAAACAGAUCACAAGGCAAAGGGAUCCACCAACGUUGCCGUUAUCAGCGAAAAGCAAUAAUAUUAAGUAUACGCCGCUACAGCAGCAGCAGCACACUAAGAUGGACUCCUAUUAUCGUGGCGUAAUGAAUGGAGGAAAUGGUAACACGAGCGUUACAACAACAACCAACAAAAUGUCAAAUGGAGGCACAAACAGCCUUUUGGCUAAUGGUAGCAGUUUGCCAAAUGGAACAGCAGCCACAAGGCUUCUUUUUGUUUAGUUAAUUUAGUUAGCGAAAUGUACAUGCAAGCGAGCGAAAGAGACAGUUUCUAUAUGUAUCUGUCUCAUUUAGGAUUGUGUUAUCAAUUGAUAUUAAGUUUUGUAGCGUUCUUUUUACAUCUAUUGCCUUGCUUUGUGCUCUCUAAAUCUCUCUUCAGUAUAUUUUUUGAAUUCCAUGGUCCUAUUUGUUGCCUGCCCCUAAAUUUACUAUGUAAUUCGUUUUGUAAAUUAGUUAAUGUUCUUUUUUUCACUUCUGUACCCCUGUAUUUGUAAGCAAAUUGUAUAUAUAAUUUAUAUAUAUAUAUGUAAAUGUUCUUGAUUAGCAUCUGUAAAGUCCAUCUGUCUGCCAAAUUGUAUAUAUAUACGUAUAUAUGUUUUAUAUAGCUUCACGCUAUUUUUUUAAGUGGACGACUAUAUACAGCAGAAAAAUAACAACAAAACAAAAGGCAAAUAGAAGCAUCAGAUGCAUAUUUUAUUUAGUUGGCACAUCAUCUUUUUCAAAUUAACUCAGUUCGAAUCAAUCCCGUUUAAAUAUCAGGGGUAUUAUUAUUACUAUUAACUGCGGUUUCUCCGACCCUUUUUUCCUUUUUGGUCUAAGUUUUGUUUAAAAUUGUUUGUUUCUAGUUUUGUGGCGUGACUUGUGUGUGUUUUUUGUAAAUAAGUAUAAUUGCAGGCAUAAUUUUGUUUAAUAUUUUAAGCCGCAGAUUGUAUUCAAACACACACACACAUAAUAUAUAUAUAUAGAAAUGUAUGUAGGAAAUCAGAACACAAAUUGUCCCAAAAAAACGAAAACUGUUGACCAUGUGUAUAUACAUAGAAAUAAAAGCAAAUGAAAAUCACAACUUCACAAAAUACUUGUACUUACGACCUUUGUCUAACCCUAGACUAAAUUACGUUCACAUAAAUGGUAAUCAAGUCUGAUUUCUAGAAAAGAAAAUUCAAUUUUCAGUUUUCGAAGUCUAGUUUUUGAAGUCAUCGGUUCGCAUACAAAAGAAUUUUUUAAUACCAAAUUACUUUUAAUCAACAUUCUAAUUCUACAAGUAGAUCAUGCAAUUGCCCAACGAAACUAUAUCUAUUUGAUGGAUAUUAGUGUUCUUUAUUUUUUUUUUUUGAAAAUAUUGCCCAAUUUAUUAUUUCAUUUUCAUGAUAUAAGAAUCAAACCUUUUUCCACCAUAUACAUGGCAAAUGCGUUUCGGACGAAAAAUUAUAUAAAUUCAAGAAUUUAUGCAUAUUUUUAAAAAUAUUUAUAAGAAACAACAAAGUUAGUUAUCUAAUCUCAUUAAUUUUAUAAUUCUAACAUAAAUUUUUUGCUUUUUUGAAAUGGAAUUUGAUGCAGAUACAACGUGUUGUUUUCCAAAUCUAUUACCGUGUAAAUCGAGGGAUAAAAUAAUAUUAAAUAAAUUGUAUGUACUAGAGGAAUUUGCAGAUGUACUCGACCAAUUGAAA